AUGUCGUACAACUACGUGGUAACCGCUCACAAACCUACAGCGGUCAAUGGCUGUGUGACCGGAAAUUUCACGUCUCCCCGCGACUUGAAUUUGAUCAUUGCCAAGAACAAUCGAAUGGAAAUUUAUGUUGUUACACCUGAAGGUUUACGUCCUGUCAAGGAAGUUGCUAUUUAUGGAAGAAUUGCAGUUUUGGAACUGUUUCGUCCCCCUGGGGAAGAAAAAGAUCAGAUGUUCCUUUUGACUUCUCGUUAUAGUGCAAUGAUUUUGGAAUGCCAACAGGAUGGAGACAGCAUUGAUAUCAUUACAAAGGCUCUAGGAUCUGUUCAAGAUAGAGUUGGCCGUCCUUCUGAAACUGGUAUCAUUGGAAUUAUUGACCCUCUCUGCCAGGUGAUAGCACUCAGACUUUAUGAUGGCUUGUUAAAAGUUAUACCUUUAGAUAAAGAUCGUGAACUAAAGGCUUUUAAUAUACGAUUAGAGGAACUGACUGUGAUAGACAUCCAGUUUUUGCAUGGUUGUCAGGUACCAACAAUCAUUUUGAUUCACCAGGACCCACAUGGAAGACAUGUAAAGACAUAUCAAAUUGGUCUCCAAGAAAAAGAGUUUCAAAAAGGUCCCUGGAAGCAAGAUAAUGUGGAAACUGAAGCUUGUAUAGUGAUUGCCGUACCUGAACCAUUUUGUGGAGCACUAAUCAUUGGUCAAGAGUCUAUUACGUAUCAUAAAGGAGAUAAUUUCAUCUCAAUUGCACCUCCUGCUAUAAAGCAAAGUCCUUUGACCUGCUAUGGCAAAGUAGAUGGUUCUCGGUAUCUUCUUGGUGAUAUGGCAGGAAGACUCUUCAUGUUGCUUUUAGAAAAAGAAGAAAAAAUGGAUGGUACUAUUGUGGUCAAAGACUUGAAAGUGGAACUUCUUGGUGAGACCACCAUUGCUGAAUGUAUUACAUAUUUGGAUAAUGGUGUUGUAUAUAUAGGCUCCAGAUUGGGUGACUCCCAACUCAUUAAGUUGAAUGUUAAUCCUAAUGAUAAUGGUUCUUAUGUUCAAAUCAUGGAAACUUUCACCAACCUUGGCCCUAUUGUAGACAUGUGUGUGGUGGACUUGGAGAGACAAGGCCAAGGCCAGUUGGUCACUUGUUCAGGUGCUUACAAAGAAGGAUCACUUCGCAUUAUUAGGAAUGGAAUUGGAAUACACGAGCAUGCCAGCAUUGAUCUACCUGGAAUUAAAGGUAUCUGGCCAUUAAAAGUAAAUUCAGAAGUUCAUGAUAAUAUGUUGGUUAUUUCUUUUGUUUGUCAAUCCCGUGUCCUUAUGUUUAGUGGUGAAGAAGUGGAAGAAACCGAAUUGGCUGGGUUUGAUGGUAACCAAGUUACAUUCUAUUGUGGCAAUGUUGUUCAUGGCCAAUUGAUUCAAGUUACUCCUGCCUGUGUACGUUUGAUCAAUGCUGAUGGACUUAUCCAACAGUGGAAACAUCCUGAGGGUCGGAAUAUCAGUGUAUGUAGUUGUAAUCAGAACCAGUGUGUACUUGCUGUAGGCAGUGAAAUAUUCUAUCUUGAAGUGCUGCAAGGAGAACUUAAACAAGUAAGCAAAGCUGUGAUGGAACAUGAGGUUGCUUGUUUAGACAUCAGUCCAUUAAAAGAUGGUGCCACCCAUUCUGAUUUGUGUGCUGUUGGAUUGUGGACUGAUAUAUCUGCACGUGUAUUGCGUCUCUCAAACUUUGAAGUGUUGCAUGUGGAAAUGCUUGGUGGUGAAAUUAUUCCCAGAUCAAUUUUGAUUGCAACAUUUGAAGGCAACCAUUACUUAUUGUGUGCUCUUGGUGAUGGUUCAUUAUUUUAUUUUAAUCUCAACAUAGAAACCGGUUACCUUAGUGAUAAAAAGAAAGUUACCCUUGGCACACAGCCUACUGGUUUGCGCACAUUCAAAAGUUUAUCCACUGUCAAUGUCUUUGCCUGUUCAGAUCGCCCAACAGUUAUUUACUCUAGCAAUCACAAAUUGGUGUUUUCCAAUGUAAACUUGAGAGAAGUAAAUCAUAUGUGUCCACUCAACUCAGAAGGUUACCCUGACAGUCUUGCUCUUGCAAAUGAUAGUACAUUAACAAUUGGUACAAUUGAUGAAAUUCAAAAGCUUCACAUACGAACCAUUGCAUUGGGUGAAUCUCCCCGACGCAUUGCCUACCAAGAAGCCUCACAGACAUUUGGUGUUAUUUCCAUGAGAAUGGACAUCCAAGAUGCUAAUGGUACUCGACCAUCACGAAUUAGUGCCAGUGUCCAUGCUGCAAGCACUUCUUGCAGUACCAACACAAAACAAAUGACUGGCAGUACUAGUUCUGUGGGUGAUUACAUAUAUGGAGACCAAUUGGAAGUGCAUUCGUUACUCAUUAUUGAUCAACACACUUUUGAAGUGCAUCAUGCCCAUCAGCUUAUGGCAAAUGAAUUUGCUUCAAGUUUGAUCUCAGCUAAGCUUGGAGAUGAUUCCAACACUUAUUACAUUGUUGGUACAGCUAUGGUGAAUGCAGAAGAAGCUGAACCUAAGCAGGGACGAAUCAUUAUAUUCCAUUAUACAGAUGGUAAAAUUACUGUAGUAGCAGAAAAAGAAAUAAAAGGGGCAGCAUAUAGUUUGGUUGAAUUUAAUGGCAAAUUAUUAGCAAGCAUUAACAGCACAGUACGUUUAUUUGAAUGGACAGCAGAAAAAGAGUUACGCCUUGAAUGCAGCCAUUUCAACAAUAUAAUUGCACUUUACCUUAAAACCAAAGGAGAUUUCAUUUUGGUAGGAGAUUUGAUGCGAUCCAUUACAUUAUUGGCUUAUAAACCUGUGGAUGAAAAUUUUGAAGAGAUUGCUCGAGACUCCAACCCAAAUUGGAUGACAGCUGUUGAAAUACUUGAUGAUGAAAAUUUCUUAGGAGCUGAAAAUUCUUUCAAUUUAUUCACCUGCCAAAAAGAUAGUGCUGCAACAACUGAUGAAGAAAGACAGCAUUUACAGGAGGUUGGACUUUAUCAUUUGGGAGAAUUUGUAAAUGUAUUUAGACAUGGAUCUCUUGUUAUGCAGCAUGCAGGUGAAAACUCCACACCCACCCAAGGUUCAGUUUUGUUUGGCACUGUCAGUGGAGCAGUAGGACUUGUUACUCAGUUGCCUGAAAAAUUUUUCCACUUCUUAUUAGAAGUACAGAAAAAUCUUGCAAGCGUCAUCAAAAGUGUGGGAAAAAUUGAACAUUCUUUUUGGCGAUCAUUUCACACUGAAAGGAAAACAGAACCUGCCGAAGGCUUUAUAGAUGGAGACUUGAUUGAGAGUUUCUUGGAUCUUGAAAGGGACAAAAUUGAGCAAGUUGUGCAAGGACUAAAGAGUUCACACACUAAAAUUGAUGAUGGGAGUGGAAUGAGCAGAGAUGCCACAGUGGAUGACCUUAUCAAAAUUGUUGAGGAGUUGACUAGAAUUCACUGA